AUGGCCACCAUCCCCCUCGGCUUCAACAUUGACACCCCACGCUGGGACCAGAGCACCUUUGUGGGGCGCCUGCAGCACUUCGACCCGCGGACGGUGCUGGUACCGGAGGGGGAGCUGGACCGGGCCAAGGCCCUGGUGGAAAGCUGCAGGGCCGGGCUGGUGCCGCCAGGAAGCAGCCAGGAGCAGCUGCUCUAUGCCAAGAAGCUGUAUGACUCGGCCUUCCACCCCGACAGUGGAGAGAAAAUGAACCUCAUCGGGAGGAUGUCCUUCCAGGUGCCGGGGGGCAUGGCCCUCACUGGCUGCAUGCUCCAGUUCUACCGAACGGUGCCCGCAGUGGUUUUCUGGCAGUGGGUGAACCAGUCCUUCAAUGCCAUCGUCAACUACACCAACCGCAAUGCCGCCUCCCCCAUCUCGCUGAGGCAAAUCGGGGUGGCUUACGUCACGGCCACCAGUACAGCCCUGGCCACCGCAGUGGGACUCAACCUCUAUACCAAGCGAGCCCCCCCCUUGCUGGCCCGCUGGGUCCCCUUCGCAGCCGUGGCUGCUGCCAACUGUGUCAAUAUCCCCAUGAUGCGGCAACAGGAGAUCAUCAACGGGGUCACAGUGACAGACAAGGACAACAACGAGCUUGGCCACUCCAGGAGGGCGGCAGCGAAGGGCAUCACACAGGUUGUGGUCUCCAGGAUCACCAUGGCGGCACCAGGCAUGAUUAUUUUGCCCAUCAUCAUGGAGCGACUGGAGAAAUUCCCCUUCAUGCAGCGGAUCCGGGUUCUCCACGGGCCUCUGCAGGUGCUGCUCUGCGGGGGCUUCCUCCUGUUCAUGGUGCCAGCAGCCUGCGCCCUGUUCCCGCAGAGAUGCUCCCUUGCGCUGGCUGACCUUGAGCCGGAGCUGCGUGAGAGCAUCGUGGCCAAGCACGGGGACAAAGUGCCGUACGUCUAUUUUAACAAGGGACUGUGA